CUUUAAGACCUUUAAGUGUUUACUUCCUAUACCAGUCACAUAAAUAUACAGUAUACGAUACAGACAUGAACUUCGAAAACUCGUCGCAAUGCAAGUUUGACAUAUAUAAAGUAGAAGAUGUCGGAAAUGGAGAUCAAGAAGCUUGUGACGAAUCUUGGGGUUGUGUAGGUGCGAGUUCCAAAAGUGUAGAUUGGAGUGAUAACCUCAAUAGCGAUCCCUAUGGCGGCCUUGAAUCGGAAAGUAUGUCAUUGGUCUUGACCAGCGAGCGUAACGCCAAGAUGCCCUACAAGUUGCCAGUCGGUUGGGAAGAGCGCAUUGCUCCGAGUACCAAGGAGUCCUAUUUCUAUGACACAAUCACCGGGAAGGUACAUUUCACACUGCCUCCGAGCGACGACCCAGAAUCUGGGAGGGAUUCCUCGAAUAGAGAUCCUCCAUGCAAGUUCCGCUGCAGCCACAUCCUGGUGAAGCACGUGGAAUCGGAUAGGUGCAGUUCAUACCGUGAACCGGUGGUGAAGAGAACUAGGCAGGAAGCGCUAAAUAAAAUCCUGCAAGCGAGUUAUCUUGUGGAAUCGGGCGAAUCUGAGUUUGCUGCCUUGGCCAGGACGAUGUCCGACUGCUGCUCUGCUCGGCAUGGCGGUGACUUGGGUCCCCUGAGGCUUGCACAAACGGCCUUUAGCUUCGAGGAGAACAUUUUGCGCCUGAAUACGCCCGAGGUAUCUGACAUUUUCCAGACGAAUGCAGGUUAUCACAUCUUGUGGCGCACCCCGGUGGAUUACAGGAAAAGGCACAAACGCGGUCUUAAACAAUUGAUUAAUGCCACCAAAAGAGAGAAGUCCAAAACCCACUUGGUGAAAAACAAGUAUUUGUCCACUUUGUUGAGUAAACCAAAAGCCUUCUUACGCAACUCGAUCGAUGAAAAACCGCGAACACGAGCUUUCGAAAGCAAGUUCAUUUGUCCGAGUAGUGUGUCAUUUAAAACUCCGUACCCAACUUCUGUGUCUCAGGACCCAAGUAUCAUAUACGCCAAACAGCAACGAGAGGUGAGAAACCAAAUAGUCCACGAUAAAUUGGAUGACACCAUGCAUCUGGGCAGAUAUCUAAAGCUAAUGGAAUCUAAUGCUUCGGGAAAAUGUCCAAUCAAACCUAAAGAUGUAAGAGAAGAUUUAUUUUAUGAAUAAGGCAAGACUCUGACCGAAAAUGCAUACCACGCAACAUAGGAAACAAAAAAAAAAGAAACAAGCAAAGUUAAAAGGAUAAAGGAUUUUAUAAGUUUAUUCAUGAAAGUAACCAGUUGUAAGAACUUCUGAUAAAAUGCUUUGGUAAAAGCAGGGAAACGCAGCAAUAAGAUUACCCAAAUUUUAGGGAAUCUGAAGUUUUUACUCAAGCUGAACAUCUGGCGAGCAUGUGAGUCGUCAUGCAGAUACAUUUAGUACAUCCCCAUUUGGUGUUUCAGCCAGUCGUGUAUUUUUAAAAAUAACUUGCGAUCUAGCUACUGCUCUGCGUAUCCCUCGUAUCCCUCGUAUCAUAGGGCAUCCUAACACAGAGGCACAGCACCCACAUUCCUCCAAAUUCGCCAGCCUAACCACUCUUAUACGGCUGUUCCACUCAACGCGAAUUCUCUCCGGACGACCAGGAAGGAAGGAAGGGGUGCCCUGCACACGCGCACUCGGAAAACCGUCGUUGGGAACUCACUCUCGACAAGGUACGGGCAUUAAAGACGGCUUCAAGCUGUGGGCUGUGGUCCAACCAAAUUUAAAUCGAGGAGGCGGCUUGAGAAAUUCGAGAAAAUGCACUUCACUGCAGGACGGGCGGCUUGCGAUCGUUACGCUCGCAUUCAGAGCUGUGGCCAAACUGAGUGGGCGAACUGCCGCAACUCGAACUCGAAACUCGAUGAACUCGAAACUCGAACUCGAGAGGCUCCAAAUCUGCUCAGUCCAGAGAGUCCAAUGAGAGCGGCGGGAAGAGCGGGAAGACUGAUACAUGCUUUUUAUACCAUUUACCAAUUCAUAUACACAGCAAUGAAAAAUUUCUAUGUGCCUCCUUUAUCUGGUUCGCUUUUUGCCGGACUGCAGAUAUGGAAACUAUGGACCCUUUUCGAGUUUUCAUUAAAAACACUCGUCUUAA